AUGUCAUUAUCGAAUGAAGAUUUACAACAAUACAUUGGACAAAAUGUAGAUUCUGUUAAGCAAGAAUUAGAAAAUCAAGGAUGUAAAGUUCAUCUUGUUAGGACAGGUCGUUUUGCUACUGGUUGUAUUAUGAAGCCACCAAGAGUGCCUGGCCAAGAACAAGAAAAACAUGUCAGUGUUUCAUUUAAUGGAGAUGAUUCAGAAAGAAAAGUUACAUUUAUUCGCCUAUUAGACGAUUAA